UUCCAAGAUGGCGCCGACAACGGGUGAAAAUGGAGUCGCCAAAGAACACGCUGCCGCUGUAACAAGGAACUACAUUUCACAGCCAAGAUUGACGUACAAAACAGUUUCAGGAGUAAAUGGUCCUUUAGUGAUCUUGGAUGAUGUGAAGUUUCCAAAGUUUGCUGAGAUUGUUACUUUAACUUUACAAGAUGGCUCACAAAGAAGUGGUCAGGUCCUGGAAGUCAGUGGAUCCAAAGCAGUGGUGCAGGUAUUUGAAGGAACUUCUGGUAUUGAUGCUAAGCAUACGACAUGUGAAUUUACUGGAGAUAUUUUACGGACUCCUGUGUCAUCAGAUAUGUUGGGGCGUGUCUUCAAUGGGUCAGGAAAGGCAAUUGAUAGAGGACCUGCCGUCAUGGCAGAAGAUUUUUUGGACAUUCAAGGUCAACCAAUUAACCCAUGGUCCAGAAUUUACCCUGAAGAAAUGAUUCAAACUGGGAUCUCUGCUAUUGAUACAAUGAACAGCAUUGCUCGUGGUCAAAAGAUCCCCAUAUUUUCUGCUGCAGGUUUGCCUCACAAUGAUAUUGCAGCUCAGAUUUGUCGGCAAGCAGGUUUGGUAAAAUUUAAGAAGGGAGUAAUGGAUGACCACAGUGACAACUUUGCCAUUGUUUUUGCUGCUAUGGGUGUCAACAUGGAAACUGCACGUUUCUUCAAGCAGGACUUUGAAGAAAAUGGUUCCAUGGAGAAUGUGUGUUUGUUCCUUAAUCUUGCCAAUGAUCCUACUAUUGAGCGUAUCAUCACACCUCGCCUAGCACUGACAACAGCGGAGUUCCUGGCCUAUCAGUGUGAGAACCAUGUCCUGGUUAUUCUUACAGACAUGAGUUCUUAUGCCGAGGCUUUGCGAGAGGUUUCUGCUGCCCGUGAAGAGGUUCCUGGUCGUCGUGGUUUUCCAGGAUACAUGUACACUGAUUUGGCCACAAUUUAUGAGCGCGCAGGACGUGUGGAAGGAAGAAAUGGCUCCAUCACACAGAUUCCCAUUUUGACUAUGCCUAAUGAUGAUAUCACCCAUCCCAUCCCAGAUUUGACAGGUUAUAUUACAGAAGGGCAGAUCUAUGUAGAUCGUCAGCUCCACAACAGACAGGUGUAUCCUCCGAUAAACGUGCUGCCGUCGUUGUCAAGGUUGAUGAAGUCUGCCAUUGGUGAAGGCAUGACAAGAAAAGACCAUGCAGAUGUUUCUAACCAACUGUAUGCUAACUAUGCCAUCGGCAAAGACGUGCAAGCCAUGAAGGCUGUUGUGGGUGAAGAGGCUCUUACAUCUGAGGACCUGCUGUAUCUAGAAUUCCUGUCCAAGUUUGAAAAGAAUUUCAUUACACAAGGAACAUACGAAAAUAGGUCUGUAUUUGAUUCUUUGGACAUUGGAUGGUCGCUGCUGCGUAUCUUCCCCAAAGAGAUGUUGAAGCGAAUUCCGCAGUCCAUCUUGGCCGAGUACUACCCGAGGGACGGGAGGGGUGGAUCUGAUUAGGUUGAAUUACAUUAAGCAAAAACUACUAUAAAAAUUAAUACAGUGCUUUUUUGAAAAUGAUGUUGUGAGGGACGGUUUUGAUUUAUUUUGGAAAGUUGAUGCCUCAUUGGUGCAUAAAGUGGGUCAAUAUAAAAAUGGAAAAGGACUUGCAUUGUGUGAAAGGUCGACAAAAACGGUGUUCCUUCGCGUAAUUGACCUUAUGAUCAAGAAAUCAAUAAUUGUAAGAAGCUCUACGGAAAAUGUCAACAUAAUAUGGCAUAAAAUCAUCAGUUUCGUUUAAUGUAUCUUCAGGUGAAGUGACUAGAAUAUCGCUGUGCAAAUCACAGCGGGCGUCUAAAUUUUGGUGUGAGCAGUAAUCAGAUCAGUAGAAUUAGAAUUACUUCUCUUGUAUGUAAUUAAAGGAUGAAAUCUAUGUGACUGAUCAUCCUUGUAAAAUACUUCAUCUAAUUAUCAUAAUAAACUUGAACAGUGA